AGUGAGGGUUCCGGGAGUCAGGGAAGGCAAGAACAGUGGGAUAUAGAGCUCAAUGGUAUGGUUGGAAGUUUGGUGUGAGGAUUUAUUCGUGUUGAGUGCUUGGUUUUAUGUUGGUGUGAAGGACGUGUGGGCGGGGUCUGAGGGAAAAAUGUGUUGAAAGGCAGGGCUGUUUGUGUCAUGGAGUGUUUUGAAGGAGUUGGUUAGUGUAAUGGGAGAAGAUGCGAAAAAGCUCGAGAAAUUACGUUGGCCCCAUCCAUCGCAGAUCCACGACACGCUAUUGUUAACUAAUCCAGAAAAUAACUGUGUGAAAGAACCGAUGCAGCUGACAUGGUCGGCAUGUUCGGAUCUCCUACAGCAGUUAUCGGAUUGGCUGGUCCUCUGACCCACAUUUAACAGCCCUUAUGCAAACCAUGCACGGGUACUUGGGGGGUUAGCAUUAGCGUCGGAGCAGCAGAAGUGUACGGUGUGUCGGGAAUGUGUGUGUUGUGUUGUUGGCUCGUGAGUGUCUGCGUGUUUGCGGAUUUGUGCAUGAAGUAUAAAUAAAAUUUGUGUUAAAGUAAAUGCAAGAUAAGUAAUGUGCAAAAGUAUGUGGCAUCUAUUCUUGUUCUCUCUUACCUUUCUUGAACGUGAGCGCAGUUAUACAGUAUCAAAAUAAGGUAUCUGAAUGACUAAAAGAUGCUAAGUUCCCAAACCUAGAUAUAUAUUAAAAAAAUAUAAAAAAAUGCAGGGAAAGAAAGAACGCAUUGCAUUCGAAAUUUUAAGAGAAUACAACUUGCACAUAGAAUGGAUAAAAUACAAAACCGGCGAGGUGUCCGGAGUGUAAGCGACCGAAAGGAAACGAGGAUAAACACAAGACGCAGACAAAGUGCGGAGCGUCCGGACUCUCGGUUUUCUGAUUUCUUGACUGGUUUCUCGGGAGAUGGUCGUCUUUUGGUAAUAAGAUUUUAGAGGUGGAGCUCAAGGCCUGGCACAACUGCAUUGUCUGCUCUGUGACCUGCUGCACCUACUCAGCAUCAACUAAUUCAAGAAUGGAGAAGAAACCACUCCUUAUUUGGUGGCCCAUGCAUUGUAUUUCUUUUCUAUUAUGAUAUGCUUGAAAAGCAAAAGUGGCUGCUUUUAUGUCUGGUAAUCUUUGUGAAGGUGAAAUUGUUAACUGUAUGCAGAAGAACAGCUAACAAACGGAAAGUGGUCUGUGGAUGAGAUGAGACAACAAUUUAUUUAUUAUUGAUCUAUACUAAUUUGAAAGAGCACCAUGGGAGUUAAAGGAUUGUGGAAACUCAUUGAGAGUUCUGGCACACCAGUUCCUCUCGAAACCCUUGAACACAAAAUCUUGGGCGUGGAUGUAUCCAUUUGGCUUCACCAGGCAGUCAGAGGAUUCAGAGGUCCUGGAGGUGCAGCAGUGGCAAAUGCUCAUCUGCUUACUCUCUUUCAUAGAAUCUGCAAGUUGUUAUUUUAUCGAAUAAGGCCUGUAUUCAUAUUUGACGGAGGUGUUCCCCACUUGAAAAAACAGACACUUGCUGCACGUCGGCUGAGGAGAGAUGUAGCUGCCAGUAAAGCCAAGCAGGUGCGGGAUAGACUCCUGUCAAAUCUGCUAAAGAGCCAGGCUGUCAGAAAUGCUUUGGGCAAGACUGGACGUGGACCCAGUGAUGUACAUGUUCCAAAACCUCAGAAGAAGGAGAAAGAUAUGUUUGAACUUCCUCCCUUACCCCCACCAAAGGAAGAGGAAGAAGGGAUGACUACUGUCAAGUUGGAAGAGAAUGAAUACGAGCACGAAGUCUUGAAUAGCUACGAUAUUCCCAAUUUGCAUGAUUUUGACUAUGAAAGCAAGGAAUUCAAAGCCCUACCAAUUGAAACACAGCAGGUGAUUUUGAGUGAGUUACAGAGUACUCGAAAGGAGAAUUCUUGGGCUGCUAUUAAUGAAAUGCCUCAAGAUGGGAAGGGUUUUGCAGAGUUUCAAAUAGGUAGAUUGAUGAUGAGGCGAAAAUUUCAGGUUACCCUUGAUAACACACAGGAAGAAAUUCGAAAGAAGAGAACUGUUGAAAUGGAAGCAGAAAUGUUUGGAGAAUUGGAAAAGCAUGUGAGCCUAACACACAGGAUUAUAUCUGAAGAUUCGGCACAUUCAAUUCUUAUUAAAAAGGUUAAAGGCGAUGAUUUAAAAGAGGAAGAGAAAAUCAUUAAAAAGGAGGAGAAGGGAAAAUCACUGAUGAGAAACAAGAAUGGGAAUUUUGAAAAGGACUUCUUGACUGAACUUGCAAAGCAAGGCAUUGUGAAAAAGGGCCAGCACUCAGAUUCGGACUCAGAGGAUGAAGAAUCCUAUUUUGUUGAUGGAGAUACAGAAUUGGGGUUUUGUUCUCAAGCCAAAACAAAUAUAGAUGAUGAUGGUUUGCUUCAGAUUGUUGGCUCCCUGAUGGAAAACAAUGGCCUAACACAGGAUGAAAUAUUGGCACUUGUCAAACAGGAGAGUAUGGUAUCAGGAACAAGUAAGAAUGAGGUAGAUGAUGGAGACAAGCCCUCAACUUCAAGGAAUGCUUCAGGUUUUGUGUUCAAUCCAGAUGCCGAUUCCUCAGAUGAUGAUAGUGAUCUCAUAGAUAUAGGGGAAAAAAAUGAUACCUUGGAUCUUUCUGAAAAGAAAACUAAUGGUAUUGCCAAGGAUGAACAAGGAAGCAAUGUAGAUAAGAUAUUAGAAAAUAAAAAUGAUAGUCUGUGGAUGAAGAUUGUUCAGCAGAAGUUAGAUGAUAUAGUACACACACAAACAGAUAAAAAUUCUCCCAAGAAAGCUGUUGUUGACACUAGAAGAUCUGAAGCAAAUGAGAGUAAAAAUCCAAGCAGAGAAGGAGAUGGGGAAUUAAAAACUGUUGCUAUUUCUUUAGAUUUUGAUGUCAAACCAUUAAAAAUGGAGGAUGAUAUUUUUGCAGACAUUUUUACUGAUAUUAAUGCCAUGCCAGCCUCUAAACCUAUGGUUGAUUCAAUGAAGGCAAAAACCCAUGUAGCUGAUGUGAUUGAUACAAACACCUGGAGUCAUAUUCCUCAUGAAAUUAAUUCAAAUUCUUUAAAGAAUAAAGAGAAAGAAAAGCAGCAAUUAGAUUUUAUUCCAGAUAAUACUGAAGAAGUAAUGGGUGGUAAAGUGAAAAACACAGGGAAAGCAGUUGCUCCAUCCACUGUUAAUACAAAGGAUAUGAAUAUUACCACUGAAUUACAGAGCAAAAUACAAGAUCUGGUUAAGCUAGAGAUUGAAAAGGUUAUGAGUUCUCAGGGAAGUAAGAGUGCAUUCAAGGAUAACACAAAGUAUGAAUCAUUUGCAGAGGAAGAAAUGUCUGUUGAUGAUGUGGAAAUUAUGAGUUCUAGUGAUGGUAGUGACAUGGAAGAAGUUGAGAGUGAUGUUCAGAAGGCCGAAAAUGAGCCACUUUUGCCAAAGGGAAAUACCACUCAGAAAAUUACUGAAAAUGCAGACUGCGAAUCAGAUGAUGAUGAAGAUCUGAUUGAAGUAACUGAUGAUAAAGAUUUUAAUGAAUCAAUAGUUAAAAACAAAAGUGAAGACCAGAGUGCUUCCAUGUUAAAGAUUACAUCACCAGAAAGAAAAGAUAUCAGUUUAAGAGACGUACAAGAAACAGAGAAAAGUGCAGAUUUUGCGGAAUCGGCUCAACAAAUAGUCAAUAGCUCCUCCAGGGUUGAAGAUAAUUCCAAAGAUUGCCCUGAAAAACACAGUAUGGAUUCAGUGAGUCCAUCAGAUACUAAGAGUGAUAAGGGACAAACCAAGGUCAAAAUGAAUCUCAAGGCUGACACAGAUCUGGAGGAAGACAGUGUUAUAUCGGGGAGAUCAGAGUCAGAUGCAGGGGACAAAGAAAAUACAGAAGAAAUAGAAGGGCCUUUAGAGUAUUCUAAGGAUGAAUUAAAAAAUUUAGAGGAGGAACUAGCAUCAGAGCAACAAACUCUUGUGGCUCAGGCACAAAAGAUAGAAAGAAUUGCUUCCAAUUUGAAUGACCAAAUGUAUGGAGAAGCACAGGAACUCCUGCAACUCUUUGGCAUUCCAUAUCUUGUGGCCCCAAUGGAAGCAGAAGCCCAGUGUGCCUUUCUAAAUAUACAGAAACUUACCAGUGGCACCAUCACUGAUGAUUCAGAUAUAUUCCUUUUUGGUGGCUGUAGUGUAUACAAACACUUUUUCAAUCAGACCAAGCAUGUGGAACUCUUCAAGACAGAUAAUAUCAAAGCAAACAUCGGACUAGACCGUGACAAAAUGAUUAGUCUUGCUCUACUGACUGGCAGUGACUAUACUGUAGGUGUAGAAUCUGUAGGAGCGGUUUUGGCUAUGGAAGUGCUGGCAGAGUUCCCAGGUGAAGGCUUUGAAUGCCUGAACAACUUGAAAAAGUGGUGGAAUGUAGCACACAGGAAUGUAAGUGCUGCUUAUCAGUCCAAGGCCAAGCAUCGUUUGUCACAGAUUAUGAUUCCUGAGUCCUUUCCAAAUAAAGCAGUCUUUGAUGCUUAUCAUCAUCCAGAAGUAGAUGAAUCAUUAGAAAAAUUUUCCUGGGCAGUUCCUAAUGUAGAUGCCUUAAGAAUGUUCACAAUGGAUAAGUUUGGAUGGAAUAGGGCUAAAGCAGAUGAAAUCCUGAUACCAGUCAUGAAAAAACUUGGUGUUAGAACUUCUCAGACAAGAAUUGAUUCUUUCUAUACCAACAUAAAACUUGUAAAAGAAAAUAAAUUUGCCAGUAAGAGGAUGCAAGAUGCUAUUGCCAGAGCUAAAGGAGAAGAGCCUCUCAGUUCUACCUCAGCAACAGAGAAUAAGAAGAGAAACAGUUCUACUCAAAGGGGAAGACCUAAAACAAAGAGAAGAAAGUUAGAGGAGGCAGAAGAACCAGUGGAAGAGGAAGAGGAAGUUGAAGACAUAACAGCAAAGAGUUCACCACAUAAGGGAGAUGAACCAGCCCCAAAAAAGCAGUCUCGUACAUUGUUGAUUGACCCAUCUGAAAGCAGCUCUUCCCCGGACAAGCCAAAACGUGGUCGACCAAAGAAAAAAUUGGAAGAAAAUUCUGAUGAAGCCUUAGGCCCUUCAAUGGCACCACCCACCACUAGUAUAUCAGAAGUUAAGCCUAAGAAGAAAGUGACUAAAGAAGAUAUGUAUAAGGCCCUCUUAGAGAAGGAAACAAUCACUCAGAGGGAAGCAGACAAGAAGUUGAUGGAGGAAAAGAAACGUAUUGCUGCCCAGUUACUGAAAGAUAAGAUUAAAAAGAAGAAAAGAUAGAGAUAAUAUGGCUGACAAAAUCUACACAAGUAAUAAAAGAAUUUUCAGACUUUGAUAGCAUGUAAAAAUCAGAUAAUGUUAUCACUGAAUGGACAUUUGGUUGUAUACUUUGCUUUGGAUUUCUAAAUAAAGUGUUCUGAAUAUUUGUUAUUCUCAUAGCAAGCUACUUAUAGCUGUAAUUUCAUACCAGAAAUUCUGUUCUUAUAUUUAGUGAUUUAAUGUGUUAACUUACAGUGGUAGGCCUAAGAAUUUUGUACUAAUAAAAUCAUGCAACUAGAUUACUUCUUGUGUAUAUUUUGACAUUAAUGGAGAUUUCACUAACCAUUAUAGAGAAGAGUACAAAUUUUAUAUUACAAACACUAAAUAAGAUUUCUAAUGUGUAUUUAUUUCUUUCUUUCUUUUCCUUUUACUUUGUUUUGAACAUUGUUGUUUGUGUUGGUGUAUCUCAGGUUAAUGGUUUUGUUUUGUUAUGACUGAUAACAGUUAACACACAUUAGACACAGACAUUUUCCAGUGAAUUACAUAUAGUUUAUUGACCAUUUUCAAAUUACUUACCAAAGUCUGAUCUGUAUUGAUUUCCAAAAAGGAAAAAAGGAGGCCCUUGUCUAUUGUAUUACCUGUAAAAGGAAAAUUGAUCUUUGAGUGUAAAAGGGGUUAGGCAUUUUAGGAUAUACUGUAUAUGAUGUUCUGUUGAGGAAUUUAAUGAAUGAGAAUAAAGAAUUCCACAAUGCAAAAUAUCCAAUCAAUGUGUUAAUGGUUACACUUUCAUCAGAAUUAUAUACAUUUUAUUCUAAAGGUAUUUAGUUUCUCAUAUGUUUAUAUUUUUAACAUUUGUAAUUUUAAAUUCAGGUUCAGUUGAGUUAAUGAUAUCUGCCACAGUGAAGCAUUGCUAUUGUAUGUAUUGACCCAGUGCCAAUGGGCAUAGCAUGUAUGCACUUGCCAUGCCCACUGUGAGUUACUUUAUUAAUUGUUUUUACACAUAGAUGGAUACACUUGUACUAAGUCACCAAUGAGCCAAUUACGAGUACUGCCUGUC